CUGCGAGUGCGUUUGUGUCAGUAGUCGUCAUUUUUUGUUUUUUGCAAGACUCGAUGUAUAUUUUCGGAUAUGACGUCAAAACCAAAACGGCAGCAAUGGGACAAAGAUUCUAUGGCACAGGCUAUAUUAGCUAUUCAGGAGAAAAAAAUGGGAUUUCUGAAAGCAUCGAAAACCUUUGGAGUGCCGAAAACUACACUUAUACGGUUAUCACAAAAGAGUAACAUGCCUUUAAAAGAACUCAUAAAUAUAAAACUCGGAAGAAAAGCGACACUUCCUCCUGAACUAGAGACUGACUUGGCUGAUUAUGUGCUUCACAUGGAAGAAUCAGGAUUUGGACUAACUCGACGUGAUAUUAAGUUAUUAGCUUAUCAAUUAGCGGAAAAAAAUAACUUGACCCAUAAGUUUUCCAAAGAAAACCAGUUAGCUGGCAAAACAUGGCUACGAUUAUUUUUAAAACGCCAUCCUGAACUUUCGUUUCGUCGUCCCACGGGUACUUCUAUUGCAAGACUGAAAGGCUUCAAUAAAGAAAAUGUUGACGAAUUUUUCAAAUUACUAGAAGAAGCAAUGGAAAAGCACAACUAUUUGGCAAAUAAUAUCUACAAUGUAGAUGAAACCGGAAUUACAGUCGUUCCCUCAAAGAUGCCGGAAAUAUUGGCCAAAAAGGGAAAACGACAAAUAGUUGCGACAACUUCAGCUGAGAGAGGAUCAACAGUCACUUGUGUGAUGUGUAUGAAUGCCAGUGGCACAUUUGUUCCGCCGAUGAUGAUUUUCCCUCGCAAACGUGACCAUCCUCUUUUAAUGAAAGGGGCUCCACCUGGUGCAAUUCACGCCUGCCAUCCAUCAGGCUGGAUUCAGACUGAUCUUUUCACAAAGUGGUUUAAACAUUUUUUGAAGUACGCUAAACCCUCUACUACUUCGCCUGUAUUAUUGGUAUUGGAUGGUCAUGCAAGUCAUACCCGUAAUAUUGAACUGAUUGAUUUAGCACGAGCCAAUCAUGUGCAACUUUUGUCAUUACCUCCACAUUCAAGCCACAAAAUUCAACCGCUUGAUCGCACAUUCAUGGGCCCACUAAAAAAAUACUUCACUGAGGAAAUUCGCCAGUUUGUUCGACGUAAAAGUCAAGCUGCAACGCACUAUGAUAUAGCAGAAUUAUUUGGUCGUGCCUAUAUAAGAGCCCAGCGGGCUGAACUGGCCAUCAAUGGUUUUCGGGUAACUGGAAUUUACCCUAUAGGCAGGAGUGUUUUUCAAGAUCAUGACUUCAUUGUUGAUCAAUCAAUAGCUGAUGAAAUUCCUGCCACUGUUACAGCUCAAUCAACAAUAACGACUUCAGUGAAUAACGAUGAAACUUAUGAUUCAGAUCGAACUGUCUGUGAUGAAUCUCCAUCAAUUAUUAGCGAACCCAACUUUACAGCUUGUGGAACACAGUCUUCAAUUGAGGAUAUAAUAUCUCAAAAUCCGGCUGAAACGUCGUUGGUGGAAUUAAUUGGCGAAAUUGAACCAAUAGCUGUAAACGAAAUUCAAACCUUGACAGAGUUCGUAGUACUGCCUUCAGAACAAGAAUCUCCCGAAAUUGAAGUAGCGGCUUCAGUUCUUCCAUCCAUUGAAACUAACAUAGACGUAAACCCUGGUCCUUCUACAUCCAUUGCUCAUUUGUCUCCUAAACAAUUGUUUCCAGUACCACAGUUAAGAAAAAAAGAUAAUAACAGGGGAAGAAAGGGAACCAAAUCUACAAUUUUGACAUCGUCGCCAUAUAAACUUUGUUUAGAGACGUCAAUAAAGACAAAAAGUGAAGCAGCAUCAAAGAAAAAAAGAAAUGUUACGAAGGAACUAGAGGAGCUAAAUGAAAAGAAGGCAGAAGCAAGAGAAAAGAAGGGGAGUGUUGUAGGUCAGAAGCAGAAGAAGUCUGCACCAAAGAAAAGGCCAAAAAGCAACAGAAAGCAAUUAAAAAAGACUAAGCAAAUAAAAAUACCAAACAAGGUAAAUAGAGCAUCAUCUACGUCCGAAGACAGUAACUAUUCAGUCAACGAUCUUACAGAUGAAAGCCCCGAUCGAAGUCAACAACAUAAUGCAAAAUGUUUAUAUUGUGACAGUCUCUUCUCCGAUGAUACUCAAGGAGAACAGUGGGUACAAUGUUCUUCUUGUGAGCAAUGGGCACAUGAAGAAUGUGCUGGUGUCGAUAGUGUCCACUUCUUAUGUGAAUUUUGCAGUGAUUAGCUUUGUUAUAAUUUUUAUUUACCGUAACUUUAUAAUUUUAUUUAAGUACCAUAAUAUUAGUAUGGAUAUUUCGCUAUUUGAGUCUAAUAAAAUUAUGUUGUUUAGUAUGUAAGUACUAUUCUAUUUUUUGUUGAUCGAGACUGAUUUACGACGGUAAUCUAUUCCUAUAAAAGAAUGAUAAUAAUAAUAUAAAAUAUUAUUAACUGUGAUUAUUUACUGCUCAAGUCCAUAUUAUGCACCCAUGGUUCAUAUUAAAAACCUAGUGGUCCGUAUUAAACUACCUUUUUAAGAAGUUUAUUUUUUACAAUUUUUUGUAAUUAAGGUAAAUUUGCCAGAAUUUAUGUUCUUUUCAUGACAAUUGAAGUCUAUUGUGAUACUAGAUUAGUUUCUUGUG